AUGAGCACACAGGAAGUUGAAAAACAGGAUGAUGGAUACGAGACUCCGCCUAUCUGUGACCUUUUGACCCUCCUGCUAAAGAACCGUCGACCCACCGGCUCCUAUAAUGAAGUCUGGCACAACAUCUACAUCAGUGACGCUUCAACAGCGAGAGACAAGACACUUCUACGCCAUCUAGGAAUCACUCAUGUCGUCAACGCUGCACACGGACCCGCUCACAUCGACACCGGAGCUGAUUUCUACUCUGACGCAAACAUAGAGUAUCACGGCGUGGAGGCACCAGACAGCAGAGACUUUGACAUCACACCGUUUUUCUACCCCACAGCCAGUUUCAUUCACAAAGCACUGUCACAGCAAAGAGGCGGAAAGGUCUUGGUUCAUUGUGCCAGAGGAGUGAGUCGCUCAGCAACACUAGUUCUUGCAUAUCUAAUGAUAUAUGAAAAACUCACAGUCACAGAAGCCAUAAAUGCGGUUUGUGCACACCGGAACAUUCUACCCAACGCUGGAUUCCUUCAACAGCUCCGUCAGCUGGACUCCAACCUCAACCUGGAGAGAAAAGAUGCGAUCCAUUAGGAAACAUAUAUAAUUAUAUAUGUUUCCAACAGGAAACAUAUAUAAUUUAAAGGAAUAGUUUGCCCAAAAAUGAAAUUUUGAUGAAAAUGUACUCACCUUCAGGCCAUUUAAGAUGUAAAUAAGUUUGUUUGUUUGUUCAUCAGAUUUGGAACAAUUUAUCAUUCCAUCACUUGCUCACCAAUGGAUCCGCUGCAGUGAAUGGGUGCCGUCAGAAUGAGAUUCCAAACAGCUGAUAAAAACAUCACAAGUAAUCCACACCACUCCAGUCCAUCAAUUAACAUCUUGUCAAGCACUAUUCAUUUAAGGAAGUGUAAAUAAAUGACAGAAUUGCCAUUUACAAAAUGAUGCACAAUCAAAUCUGGCUCAGACUUUGAGGAAAAUAAUCCUAAAUCAUGACUGAUUAUAGUUCUCAGCAUU